GAUUUCGUUUGGUUUCUACAAUGCAUUUAAACUGGAGUUCGUACUUUGCAGAACAGAACUACAGUUUCAAGAUCACUCCUUGCUUCGGCUCUCGUAUCAUUUGAUUUGGUCGAGCUCCAGGGCUCUUCGUAGGGCCAUUCAUGUCAAACCGCAUCGCAAACGUAUCAGUUGAACGUGACUUAGAGAUGUCAGAGAGGAGAGCCAACAACGAAGGAGAAGUUGUUAUCAAUCUUUCAGAAGCGUCGAAAGACCCAACAGCAUCUCCUUCUUCCAAGGUACCGUCUAGGCCAGAGUCUGAUAAGGUGACAGCAAAACCAGAUCCGCUGAGCAUUCAUAAGCCGCCUAAAGUUCCAAGCUCUAACACCGAAGGUCUAACUCGGAGGAAAUCUCUUUCGAGGUCAGUUUACUCCAAGUCCAACUCAAGGUUUGGGCAGCAACAGUCUCAUCGGUACGAUAGGACUAUAGUUGAGGAAAACGGUGGAACCCUUAGGGACCAGUUUGCUGCUUCUUCUUUUGGUAGGGCUUCUCCUAAUAACAGAUCGAAUAGGAACGUUUGCUCAACAGCCCUGAGCAAAGUUGCCGAAGAAGAAACAGAUGAAAACGAGGAAAUCUACAAAAAGGUUAAGCUGCACCGAGUGAAGCGUAGUGGAAUGAAACUUUUACCUCUGCUCGAGUUUCUACUGUUUGUGGCCAUUCUGUGCGCUUUGGUUGUGAGCUUAACCUAUGAUACGGUGAAGGAACAUUCUAUUUGGGGACUGGAAGUGUGGAAAUGGUGCGUUCUUGUGAUGGUGACUUUUAGCGGUAUGUUCGUGACGAACUGGUUCAUGCAUCUAGUGGUGUUCAUCAUAGAAAGGAACUAUCUUCUACGUAAAAAGGUGUUGUAUUUUGUGCAUGGUUUGAAGAAGAACGUUCAAGUAUUCAUUUGGUUCAGCCUAAACUUGCUUGCUUGGGUGUUUCUCUUCGAAGAUGACGAUAAACACUCUCGUAAGACCAAGAGAUUUCUCGACUUUAUAACUUGGACUAUUGUCUCCCUUCUCAUCGGGUCAAUCCUUUUCUUGGCGAAAACGUUUGCCUUAAAAGUCCUUGCUUCGAAGUUUAACGUUAGAAACUUCUUUGAGAGGAUUCAAGAGUCUGUCUUUCACCAAUACAUUCUCCAGACUCUCUCAGGGCCUCCGUUUAUAGAAGAGGCAGAGAAGGUUGGGCGCGAACCAAGCACAGGGCAUAUUAGUUUCACAAGCACCAAGAGUGGAACGGUGAAAGAGAAGAAGGUAGUGCUUGAUAUGGGAAAGGUUCACAAGAUGAAGCAAGAGAAGGUCUCUGCUUGGACAAUGCGAGUUUUGAUUGAAGCCGUGGGAGCAUCAGGUCUCUCAACCAUAUCUAACACUUUAGAUGAGUGUAGCAAUGAAAAAGAGAAAACUGAUAAAGAGAUAACUAAUGAGAUGGAGGCUGUAGCUGCUGCUUAUGAUAUUUUCAACAAUGUUGCUCACCCAAACCAUAAUUACAUAGAGGAAGAUGACUUGCUGAGGUUUAUGAUUAAGGAAGAGGUAGACCUUGUACUUCCACUAAUAGAUGGUGGAGAGUCGGGAAAAAUCACACGUAACGCUUUUACAGAAUGGGUGGUUAACAUUUACACUAGUCGGAAAGCACUAGGGCAUUCACUGAACGAUACAAAAACAGCGGUUAGGCAGGUGGACAAACUUAUAACUGGAGUCUUGUCCGUUGUCACAUUCGUCAUUUGGUUGAUACUUUUGGACAUAGCAACGACCAAGUUUUUGGUGGUUUUGUCUUCACAAUUCGUGGGUCUCGCUUUCAUGAUCGGAAGCACUUGCAAGAAUAUCUUUGAGUCCUUUGUGUUUGUCUUCGUGAUGCACCCUUAUGACGUCGGUGAUCGUUGUGUUAUUGACGGUGUGGCGUUGUUGGUUGAAGAAAUAGAUCUUUUGACUACAGUGUUCCUCAAGCUUGACAACGAAAAAGUGUUCUAUCCAAAUGCGACUUUGAUAUCAAAACCAAUAAGCAAUUUCUACAGAAGUCCAGAUAUGGGAGAUUCAAUACUAUUCUCCAUUGCCUUCUCAACCCCUGCCGCUAAAAUAGCAACUCUCAAGGAGAAAGUCGCAGAAUACUUGGUGCAAAACCCCCAGAGUUGGUAUCCAGAACCCAUGUUGAUGGUGAAGGCCAUUGAGAAUGUGAACAAGCUGAAUUUGAAUCUGCUAGUCACACAUACUAUGAACUUCCAAAUGUUCGGAGAGAAAAAUCUCAGAAGAACUGGACUAAUUAUCGCGCUAAAGCAAAUACUCGAGGAGAUGGAGAUCGAUUACACACUCCUUCCUCAAGAUGUUCAUCUCACCGGUCACAAAUGAUCACUUCCUCACUUCCUUGUCAUUUUGCAAUCGUUUCCACUAGUACAUGUUACUACAACAUGAUUUGCUUCAGUUUGAUUGAACACAUAAA